AAAAUCCCUGAGGAGGCUGUAGUUCUGUUGUUUAGUCCUCGUUUGACCAAUAUUUCAACAUUUCUCCUAUUGGCUAGGUACUUCAGUCUGUGUGUCCGGUGGAGGUAGUGUCAGAAGAAAUUAUCGAACAGUAGUCCAGUAUAGUUUACUAUGAUGUUGAUGGACAGGUGUGGGAAGGUUCUCUGUGUGGCUCUGGUGUCCCUGGUCAUGUUGGGAUUUACUCAGGCCUGUUUGGAUCCACAAUCAGCCUAUCGCUUCAGCGGAGCUGUCUGCCGACUCACCUAUCCUGCUGCUGUAGUCUUAAAUGAGAAGACUACCAAGGUGAUUGAGACAGCAUUCCAGCAUGCCAAAUACCCCAGUGUGGAGGGAGAGAAGUCUCUGCUCUUCACAGGAACAAUCAAAUAUGGCCUGGAAAAUCUGGAGAUCCACAACCUGAGCAUUGGUCAGAGUUUGUUUGAGCUGCAGCCAGGGGUGGGCAUCUCCAUGGAGAUACGUAAUGUCUCUGCAGUCUUCAGGGGAACCAUCAAGUAUGGUUACGGUAGCUGGCUCAUCAAAUUGGCACAUUCAAUUGAUUUUGAGAUCGAGUCUCAGAUAGAUCUGGGAAUCAACCCCAAGCUCUACUGUGGAAAGGGGAAGGUUGCUGCGGAUACAUCAGAUUGCUUCUUGAACUUCCAUAAGCUUCGUCUGCAUCUGCAGGGAGACAGAGAACCCGGCUGGAUGAAAAGACUCUUCACAGAGUUCAUCACCUUCACUGUAAAGCUGGUCGUCAAAAGCCAGAUUUGUAAAGAGAUCAACAAUGUGGCUAACAUCUUGGCUGACUUCAUACAGGAAAGAGCAGAGAAGUUUCUUAGUUACGGUAACAUAAGUGUGGACAUAGGUGUAACCUCUGCUCCGGUCAUCACCGCAGACUACAUAGAGUCAUACCACAAGGGUCUGACCAAUUACAACAACGUGACUGCAGUGAUCAACGCGUCGGUGUUUGACCCCUCCCAUCUGACGGAGGACCGCAUGCUCUAUUUCUGGCUCUCCGACGAGUUCCUCAACCCCGUGAUGACGGCAGCACACCAAGACGGCCUCUUGCGACUCAACAUCUCUGGCCCUGAGUUGAAUGAGCUGUUCCGGACAGAUCUUUCCUCCCCCAUGCCAGAAGUUCUGAGCAAGUAUCUGGCAUCUGAGACCCUCAUGCUCAGAGUCUGGAGUUUGUCUGAGCCCAAACUCUGUACCACUCCUCUGGGUACAACGGUCAGAGCCAUGGCGGGGAUACAACUGGCCCCUGGAGCCGAGGACACACCUGGACUGUACUUUGAGAUGGAGGUCGAGGUGAUUGUAACAGCAAGCUACUCUGAGAAGAAAGUGUACCUGAAAGCCAUGUCAUCACAAACUUCAGUACUGAAGGCCUCACUGCUCCCAGAUGUCCUACAGCUGGAUAAGGCUCAUCUUGAAUACUUCAAAGAGGCUGUCCAAAAAAUAGGCCUUCCCAAAGUCCUGUCUGUUCUAGAGCCAGUGAUCACAGGUCUUCUGGAUGAGCAGGGAACAUACCUGUUUGACAUCAUCGACCCUCAGGUCAUCCCUCAAGAUGGCUAUGUGGUGGUCCAGAUGGACUUUGGCUUCCCUCACCACCUGUUGGUUGAGUUCCUCAGGAAGACCCUGGAAUAGUCCACCCAUGGAAAAAUACAUUUAAAAUAUUA